GUUUUAUAUUAGCCCCGGCCCGCGCGUCACGAGUCACGACUCGGAUUGGACGCACGCGGAGCAAGCAGGCGGCGCCGGCCAUGGCAUCACCACACCACAAGCAGGGAGAGAUCCGUGAGUUCCUGGCUGGCGCCGCCGCCGGCCGGCCGGUGCCGGUGCCGGCGGUGGGGCUUGGCACGGCAUCGUUCCCGUUCGUGGAGGAAGACGUCAGGGCCGCCGUCCUCGCCGCGCUGGAGCUCGGCUACCGUCACCUCGACACCGCCUCGCUCUACCGCUCCGAGCGGGCCGUUGGCGAGGCCGUGGCCGAAGCGGCGCGGCGCGGGGUCGUGGCGUCCAGGGAGGAGGUGUUCGUCACGACCAAGGUGUGGUGCUCGCAGUGCCACCCGGACCUCGUGCUCCCCUCCCUCAGGGAGAGCUUGCAGAACCUUCAAAUGGACUAUGUUGAUCUGUACCUGGUUCAUUGGCCAGUGGCUGCAAAGCCAGGAAAGCCCCAAAUUCCAAUCAAAAGGGAGGACAUAAUGCCCAUGGACCUGAGCGGCGUGUGGCGGGCGAUGGAGGAAUGCCAUCGGCUUGGGCUUGCUAGAAUGAUUGGUGUCAGCAAUUUCACGACAACAAAGCUGCAAGAGCUACUUGCAAUUGCUGAUAUCCCCCCAGCAGUCAAUCAGGUUGAAAUGAAUCCGAUUUGGCAGCAGAAAAAAUUAAUUGAGUUCUGCAAAGACAAAGGUAUUCAUGUGACUGCAUAUUCUCCCCUUGGAGGCCAAAGCAUGUCAAAUGCAGUACUACAGUCUCAAGUUCUAGAAGAGAUUUCCAAGGCUAGAGGGAAAUCGGUGGCUCAGAUUUCUCUGAGGUGGAUCUACGAGCAAGGUGCCAGCAUGGUUGUCAAGAGCCUGAAACGGGAGAGGCUCAGGGAGAACAUGGAGAUCUUCGACUGGGAACUGAGUGAUGAAGACCGUUUCAAGAUUAGUCAGAUACCGCAGCAUAAGAGGGUCAGAGUGACGGUGGUGCUUAGCCCCGAAGGCGCCUCCAGCGUGGAUCUUGCCGAGCUUGACAUCGUUGAAAUGUAGCUGAAUUCUCCAUCUAGUUGCGGCCGUGUUCUGAAAAAUUGGUGGUGCUGGUUGUUUGAUACAUCCUGAAAUUCCUGCAAAGCCAUACUGUCGCUUUGAAUUGUCAGUACACUUCGCAAAACAAAACGAAAAUAUAUAUGGCAGCAUAUAUGUUGUCGGCAUGGCCGGCGAAUCA